UAGCUCAUCAACUUGCCUUUUGCAAAAGGAAAAGAUCAAACAAAAGCAUCAAGAACCUGCGCAAAGUGCUUCUAUAUAAAAUGAAAUAAGCGAUGACCGCACAGAACGGAAGGUCUCAUCGCUCCUCUUGAACAGUAAAUCGCUAGACAACAGCAAAUUCACUCUCUCCGAUCUCUGCCUCCCACCCACCAUCCGUCCAACAAUGGCCUCCGCGACGAUCUCGUCGUCCAGUCACUCGGGCCUCGCGUCGCCUCCUUCGCUUCACCGGCAAGUUACAGAGAUCUCCAGCUUGAAUCCCUCCGGCCAGCCUCGGCGGAACCUGAGGCUGUCGAGUACCACCCGUCGAGAGACGCCGUCGACGAGAUCUGCCAAGCUCACGACCAGAGCCUUCUUCUGGAACAAGCCCAAGCCCUCCCCUGAAGCUCCGAAACCCGCGAAAGUGCAAGAGCUGUGCGUGUACGAGAUCAAUGAGCGGGACCGAGGCAGCCCCGCCUACCUGCGGCUGAGCCAGAAGACCGUCAACUCCCUCGGCGACCUCGUCCCUUUCACCAACAAGCUCUACUCCGGCGACCUCCAGCGCCGCCUCGGCGUCACCUCUGGCCUCUGCGUCCUCAUCCAGCACCACCCCGACAAGGGCGGCGACCGCUACGAGGCCACCUACAGCUUCUACUUCGGUGACUACGGCCACGUAUCCGUCCAGGGCCCCUACCUCACCUACCAGGACACCUUCCUUGCCGUCACCGGCGGCUCCGGCAUCUUCGAGGGCGUCUCCGGCACCGUGAAGCUGCAGCAGAUCGUCUUCCCCUUCAAGCUCUUCUACACUUUCUACUUGAAGGGUAUCCCCAACUUGCCCACCGAGCUCUUGGGGAAGCCGGUGCCGCCUUCGCCGGGGGUGGAGCCAUCGCCAGCCGCCAAGGCCUGUGAGGCUCAAGCCACCGUCCCUAACUUUACCAACUAGUUGGAGUUCUCUGCUCUACCCUUGUCUGAGAAUCUUUCUCUGUGUUUUUAUUAUUUUUUUUAUCAUAUUUCCAUAUGGAAUUAGUAAGGUUUUGUUACCCUUUUGUCUUAGCUCGGAAAUUAAAUAGAGAUGGAGAGGAGUAAGAUAUUUUCCUUUUUGUUAUAUGUAUUCCUGAAUAAAAGUUGCAUUAAUAAAACAAAAUGUUUCGUGUAACAUAAA